AUGGAUGAUUAUUUAAUCGACGACGAUCAGUUCAAUUUGCCAUCGACCUCUUCAGCCGUUCACCACCACCCAGCAAGCAGCAAUUUCGGAAGUCCGGACAAAAGAAAAUCACAAGAUGACAAAAAAAUGCUCACAAUUAUUAACGUGACAGAUUCGACACCAAUUAAAUCGGCCGAUCCCAGUUCCGGGAUGAUGUACACGUACCCUAAUCUGGAUUCUCCGGAUUAUCAGCAGGCCCAGCAGCAGACGUCGGACAACGUGCCAAGAAUUUCCUACAAGAUCACCGGCAAUGAGUUUGCAAAUAAUGUCAAGUGCAUUGUUUCGACUAUCAUCUUUCUAAUUGUCGUUGUGGCCAUUAUUUUCGUGGCUGUCUAUAAAAAUCCAGGGAUGUGA